CUCUGUAAUAGUUAAUCUUUGCACAUCUGACAGUGGAUUAUUCUUAUGCGGAUGUGGAAAACUUGUGAAAAAAUUAAAAAUAUUGCAAAUUUAACAAUAAAAUAGUGUAAAACAACGUCAAAAUAUCUAAACAACGUUUGUGUUGCGAUUGCAGCAAGUUUUUAUGUGGAUAAAAUGUCAUAUUUCAAUAUAACACGUCCGCCCGUGCGAGAGUAUGCUGGUGGUAGCGUUGGUGGCAUACUACGCAAAGGUGGCAGUAAUAAUAGCUCCUCAAACAAUGGCACCUACAAUAGUUAUGCAUCAACAUCAAACAGCGGUGGCCUCAACGCUGGCGAGGCACGUCAAGUGGACUUGUUGGUUUUUGGAUAUGCCUGUAAAUUGUUUCGUGACGAUGAUAAAGCGCGCGAAAUCGAUCAGGGCAAGCAUAUGAUACCUUGGAUGGGUGACACAACGCUUAAGAUCGACAGAUAUGACGUACGUGGUGCUUUGUCCGAAUUGGCGCAACAUGAACCGCCGCCGGGCGGCUACGGCAAUCGACUCGAUUACCUAAGCGCCGAUGAGCAACGUGCCGAGCAAUUGUGCGAGGAAGAGCGUUAUUUAUACUUAUACAACAACGAAGAGGAUCAUAUACUGCAACAAGAGGAGGAUUUGAAACGCCUCAAACAGGAUGUCGAGGGCGGUAGCUAUGCGCAAGUGGACUUUCAGUAUGGCAACGAUGGCGGCGCAGGUGUUGUGCCACACGGACCCAAUCGCGAGGAGCACAGCAAUUCGCCGUGCGGCGACGAAGCUGAGCAGGCUUUUAGCCUGCCCAAGGAUUUCGAAGUGCCGGCUAGCAUACAAUUGCCCGAAACAAUGAAGCAGCAUGCAAUCAUUGAGAAGACCGCGCGGUUUAUAGCCUCGCAAGGUAUGCAAAUGGAGAUACUCUUGAAGGCCAAACAGUCGAACAACGUACAAUUCGACUUCCUUGCCAUAAAUGGCGUGCUCAAUCCAUACUACAAAUAUCUUUUGAACGCUAUAAAGAACGGCACCUAUCCCACAGAGACUGCAGCAGCAAAGGAGCCGCUGGAACCGCCGACAACUAGCAGCAGUAGCGUCAGUGCAAGCGUUGCCGCAAGCGUUGCCGCCAGCAUGCCUGCCAAGCCAAUCAUUGCAGUGCCCACCAUUAAGUAUAAGCCGUCGGCUAACUGUGCAUACACGCAGUUGAUAAGCAAAAUUAAAGGUGUGCCGCUGCCCGCUGUACUCGAUGGCGAGUUGGCGAAUAUGCCCACCUCGAAUUCACCCACGCCCACCACACCGACUGCCGGGAAUUUCACGCCCGUGUUGUUGCAAUACAAUGGCAGCACGUACGUGUCGGCAGAGUCCGAUGACGUCACCAAUUCGAACUCGAAUUCGCAAUCGAAUGGCGGCAAUGUGAAAACCGAAGUGGAGAUAUUGAAGAAUACCAGCGCUUUAGCGUUGGCGCAAGACUACGCCUCUGAUACGGAGUCGGAAGCGGAGGAGGAGCAGGCGAAAGCGGCGCCCGAGCCGAAACCCGAACCAGUGCUCACUAUACCAGUACCAACGGAAACACUGAAAAAUAUCAUUGAUAAAACCGCCACCUAUGUAGUGAAGAAUGGACGUCAAUUUGAGGAGACGCUGCGCGCUAAAAGCGUCGACCGUUUCACAUUCCUGCUCUACGAUAACGAGUUUUAUCCUUAUUACUUGUACAAAGUGACCGGCGAUCAGGAUGCAGCAUCGAAAGAGCAGAAGCAGCGCAAGGCUGCAGCGGUGGCGGCAGCGCUGAUGAGCAAAAAGGGACUGCAGUCGGCCGAAAAAGCGAUAUCGCCCGUUUGCUUUUCGAUUAAACCAAAGGAAGAGUCGGCAGCCGCCAUACUACAACCAGCCUUGCCGCGCGAGCCCAGCGAUGAUGAUGAGGAGUGCGCAGCUAAGCCGGCUAACUCAGCGCAAGCGCGUACGGUGCCUGAGCAUGUGCAGAAAGCCAUACAGUUGGUCGAAAGCCAGCUGAUGGCCAGAAAUGCGCAAAUUGCCGCAAGCGUCGGCAGCCGUAGCACACAAAACACUGCGCUAACGGGUCCAGCGCUGCUAAGCAUACGCGCGCCGUCCGGUCAGCAUCAGCAUCAGUCCAGCGGCAGCCGUUAUGACGCCGAUUACAGCAGUGGCAUUGCCAGCAGUAAUUCGACGAAAGUGCAAUUGAAGAACUCCAAAGCCGAAAUGGAGCGCAAUGCCUUAUUUGAGCAACAACAACAACAUCGGCAAAAAGAGUUGAAAAAAGCCGAGGAGAAGGUGAAGGACAAAUUGGCGAAAAUUGCGCGAGAGAAACUGGGUGGUCCCUUAUCCAAGGAGAAGCAAUUGCAGUUGGAACGAAAACGCAAGGCGAUGGCUUUUUUAAAUCAAAUUAAAGGCGCGCCCUCUGCUGCCGACUCUGCCAAGAGUUCACCAAGCGAAAUGGACAAUGCCAACGCGAAUGCCGAAGAAAAUGCCACUGACUCUGAGGAAUCUGUACAUUCCAUACCGAUAACUUCGUACGGCCCCGAGGACGAUGGCAAAUCGGAUGAGGAGGCUAAAUUGCGUUUGAUUGAGAUACCCACAACACAUAUCGCCGGCGCUACGACCAAAACUACGCCCAGCAAUCCAGCCAAAACUGCUAAAGAAGCCAGCAAACGUAAACCUGCUGCCACAGUGACCGUUUCCGAUGAUGACGAUGUACAGCUGGUGGGUGAAAUCAAGCCCAUCUCACGCCUCACGUUACCGAAGCCGCGUCCCGAACGUAAACGGCAACUACGCUCACGCGCACGUGAUAGCUCACCUGAUGAGCUGCCAGCAACCAGCGCUAAGAGUACAAGGAAGCAGCGGCGCCGCAGUCGCACGUACAGUCCAUCGACGGAGGGCGACGAGGAGGACAGCGACAGCUCAACGGAGUCCAUAUCGAGCACGUCAUCUACGUCAUCUGCAUCCGCUUCAGUGACCACUUAUUUGAGCGAUGACAGCGCACAUGCUGAUGCUACCACUGAGCGCUCACGGUCGCAUCGCAGACACAAGUCCAGCUCGAAGACGGCGAAAAAAUCCAAAAGUCGAAAGUCAUCCAAAUCACGAAAAUCUGCCAGUCGCAAAAAGAAAUCGAAGAAACGCGCGCACAGCCGUGACAGCAGAAACUUGGCUGAAGAGUACAAAGACUAUAAGGAGCGCGACCGCCGACAUGAACGCCAGCAUAGGAGCAAACGCGCGCACGAGCGCGACGAUGUAUAUGAGCGCGAACGCCAAUCUAGCAAAAGACAAAGCCGUAGUCAACGCAGCGCUUCGGGGGAGGCGCGUAGGGAACGCGAUCGUGAGUGGGAGCGUGAGCGCGAACGUGAACACCGCGAGCGCCGCGCACAACGUGAUGGCAAGCAGCGCGAACGAGAACGUGAACGUGACCGCUCCAAAACGCCUACACAGCGCCGUUACGACACACCCACGCGCAAAGACAGGAAGAAGACGAAGCAUGAACGCUAACGCACCGCCAAUGGCCGUACACCGACGCCACGUAAAAGUAGACUAGCGAGCGACAUCAGCAGUGAUAACAGCCGCGUUAUGGGGGAUUUUGUCGCGCCGCUGAGCGAUAAGGCAGCAAACAUUUGGUGCGCGCUGAGCUGCUUUACUCUGUGACGCGGCCGACGCGGCGCGGCAUGCAACUCAAGCCUAUCACAAAUGCAUUUUAUUUUGAUUUUCUCUUUCAUAUUAGCUAUGUAAGUCGAAUGUGACACGUGUUGCAUAUCGUUGUUAGUGUAAUUGUUUGUUAACGCUACAUUUGUAUAUGGAAAUAAAGCGUAUUAUAUAAAU